AUGCCAGCAAGACCCUCUGCCUCCAUCCCGCCUUCCCUACAGAAAACCAGAGCGGCUGUGGACGACAGGGAGAUAAAGGUUCAGACUUGGGCACCUCAGAAGAGAACCUGGAGACUGGGGCGAGUGUCCAGGCCUUCCCGUGUCAGGGUGGGGAUCGUGUGGCUGUUGGUGACUCUUCUGCCCAGCGUGGACUGUGACCAGGGAUCAGCAUAUUUCUCUGAAAUCCUCAUUCCCCAGAGGCUGACAUUUGAGGGAAGGGAGGGCUCAGUGGGAAGGGCAUCCUACACGCUAUCCAUACAGGGCCAGAAACAGGUGAUUCACCUGAAGGUGAAGAAAGGCUAUUUUGUGAGUAACUUUCCAGUCUUCAGCUAUCACAAUGGGAUCCUGGGGCAGGAAACGCCUUCCCUCUCACAUGACUGCUACUCUGAAGGCUACAUCGAAGGAGUCCCAGGCUCUUUUGUGUCUGUGAGCACCUGUUCAGGCCUCAAGGGCAUUCUGAUUAAGGGGGAACAGUUCUAUGGCAUAGAGCCCCUGGAGUCUUCAGAAAAGUUUGAACACAAGCUGUACACCAUGGCACAGCCAGCUCCUGUCUCCUGUGGUGUGACCUCCAGGGUGAGUCAAGGGGUGCCCAUCCACCAGCAACAAGGGGGCAGGAAGCCUCCACAUCCGAAGAUCCUGUCUUCCUUGUGGUCACAGCCCAAGUAUGUGGAGAUGUUUGUUGUGGUGAACCACCGGCGGUUCCAACUGUGGGGCAGUAACAUCAACGAGACCAUCCAGGGAGUGAUGGGCACCAUUGCUCUGGCCAACAUCUUCACUAAGGCAAUAAACACAGAGGUGGUGCUGGCUGGAAUGGAGAUCUGGACGGAGGGAGACCUCAUAGAGGUCCCGGUGGACCUGCAGGGGACACUCAGCAACUUCAACAGCUGGAGGCAACAGGAGCUCGCGAGUCGUGUGCAGCACGAUGUUGCCCACAUGAUUGUUGGGCAUCAGCCCGGCCAGACCACGGGACAGGCAUUUCUCAGCGGGGCCUGUUCCAGCGGCUUUGCGGCAGCAGUUGAGGCCUUCCAUCAUGACGAUGUCCUGCUGUUUGCCGCACUCAUGGCCCACGAGCUGGGGCACAACUUGGGGAUUCAGCACGACCAUGCAGCCUGCAUUUGUAAAGAGAAGUACUUCUGCCUCAUGCAUGAGAACAUCACAAAAGAAGGGGGCUUCAGUAACUGCAGCUCUCAGGCCUUCUCCCGGUUUCUCCAUGAACUCCAAGGGGAGUGUCUGUUUAACAAGCCAGGGCCUGUAGCUCGACAGCGGAGGUCUUCCACCUGUGGGAACGGUGUGGUGGAGGAGACCGAGGAGUGUGACUGUGGGCCCACGUGUGACAGUCACCCCUGCUGCGAACCCUCGUGUAAACUGAAGGAGAAAGCACAGUGCAGUUACGGUGUGUGCUGUGAUGCCUGCAAAUUUAAACCAAAGGGCCACGUAUGUCGUCCCUCAGCAGAUGAGUGUGACCUCGCAGAGUACUGUAAUGGUCGAUCUGAAAAAUGCCCCGAAAACACAUUCAAGCUUGAUGGCACCAUCUGUGGAAGAGUGUACUACUGUCUGGGGGGAAAAUGUAAGAGCCCUGACAAUCAGUGCAUGGAUAUUUUUGGGCACCCAUCAAGGUCGGCCCCAGCAGAAUGCUAUGUUUCAAUGAAUAGCAAAGGGGAUCGGUUUGGAAACUGUGGCCGACCCACUCAAACCAACCCAAACUAUGUUCCAUGUUCAAAUGAGAAUAUGUUCUGUGGGAAAAUUGUAUGCACAAACAUUGAAAUACUGACAGUGAGACCUCGCUAUACAGUGAUCCAGAUCCCUCAUACGGAUGACUGGUGCUUCAGCAUGGACACCUAUACUCAGAGUGACAUCCCCGAUGAAGGAGACGUGUACAACGGGACUUUCUGUGCACCCGAAAAAGUCUGCAUGAAUAACGUCUGCACUGAUUACACUGUACUCAACUACGACUGUGAUACGAGCGUGCAGUGUAAUGGGAAAGGAGUUUGCAACAAUUUAAAACACUGCCACUGUGAUGAUGGCUUUGCCCCUCCUGACUGCCGAGAAAAAGGCACAGGGGGUAGCGUAGACAGUGGUUCCCCUAGUGAAGAACAGGGAAAGCCAUCUGGGCAACUGGACAUAAAACCCUACUUAGAGUUGCUACUAUUCCUACUUCCAUUCAUUUUCUUGAUAUUAUUCUGUCUAUUCAUCUACUGCUUGUGUGCGUGUAUAAAUAAACGCCAUGGUGCACCUGAACGACCACCUCCAGAGAAGGUUCCAGAGGAGGAAGCACCGGAAGCCUCAGAUGAGGAGCCUCUAGAAGAGAGUAUCGAUAAAGAAGAUGAAGAGUCAGCGUCCGAAGAUGAGUAA